AUGGAGCUGAGAGCCCUCCUCCUGCUGCUGCUCUGCUUCCCAGGUCUUCAGGUCCAGAUACAUGGCACUGAGGAGAUGCGCUCAGAAGGCAGCAAUCUGUACAUCCAGUGUCCUUACACAGCACUGACUUCCCACCAGCAGCAGAAAGCCUGGUGCCGCCUGCGAAAUGGACAGUGUGAGCCCUUAGUGGAGAUAAAAGAAUACUCACACUCAAACUGGGUCACAAAAGGGAGAGUUGCAUUAAAGGACAACCCCAUACAGAGGACUGUGUCUGUCACCAUGACUAACCUCCAGGCAGAGGACUCAGGCACGUACUUCUGUGCUUACUACCAUUACGGGUAUCAUUCACUAAAGAUGAUCUCGCUGAUUGUUUUCAAGGAGCUGCACAAGUGGGAGUUGGACAGUGUGUCUGUGCAGUGCCUGCCCAGCACCCUGGGCUACAGUAUGGGGACAAAAGUCUGGUGUCGAAGAGAAGAUGAGACUUUGUGUAGGUUCAUUGCAAGAACAGAUUACCCUUCAACACAGCUUAACAGCCAAGCUCUGGAAGACCGAACACUGAUCCAGGAUGACACCCAGAAAAGGACUGUCACAAUCACCAUGCAGAAGCUGCAGGCUGAGGACUCGGGCAUGUACUGGUGUGCACUCUACAAGUGGUCUUAUCCCACCUGGCUCAUGGAGGUCAGGCUCUCCGUGUCCAAGAGGACCCAACAAUACAGAGCCAAGGAGUCAGGCGAUGUCUCUGUCCAGUGUCCAUACAGUGUGCCAGACUACAGGGCUGUGAGCAAAGCCUGGUGCAAAGAGGGAGCAGGGAAAGCAUGUACUGUGCUGGUCACCACCAACAACUUGAAGCCCUCGGAGUACCACGGGACACCUCAGCACGACAGAGUCAGGAUCCAGGAUGACAUGGAGCAGGGGAUUGUCACUGUCACCAUGGAGAGGCUGCAGGCGCAGGACUCCGGGGUGUACUGGUGUGCGCUGUAUGAACACACUCAUCUCUUCCGAAUGCUGGAGGUCACGCUCAAUGUUUCUGAGGUGUUGGCUGGAACAACCUUGUCAGGUCCUGUAGGCACAAGUCAAGCAACUCCUUCUGGCAACAGCCCAGCCCCGAGCUCAAAUGUAAACACCUUCAUCCUGCUUGCUGGGGUCAUGAGCAUCCUGUUCCUUCUGGCACUCAUCAGCUCGGUAACACUGUACGUGAGGCGCUGCAAGCAGCUGAAGAGAGCAGCUCAUUCCAAAGGGAACAGAGAAGAAGAGGACACCUACGAGAAACCAGGGGACACAGCACAGCCUGACAGCUAUGAACAACUGGAAAGUCCCAAGGAUGACAGCAAAGACCUAAAAUAUGUUACCCUGAACUUUCAAUCCCGGCUCAGCCCUGAGGAUCCUCUCUACUGUAAUGUUGAACUAAGUGAGGCUCACAGGAAACCCAAGGAUGAAAACGUGGAAUAUGCUAUCAUUGCAUUCAAGCAGUUACCAACAAAUGACAAGGGUUGA